GAUAAAGGUAAAGUGUUUAUCGGUUGCAAUAAACCUGCGGAGAUGAGUCUGAAAGCUGCUAUCAAUGUUAGAUCAAAAUUUUAUUUAUCAUAUCAAUUAUUAAGUCAACCGUUAGAUCAACUGUUAAGUCAACUGUCAACUGUUAUAUCAACUGUUAGAUCAACUGUUAUACUAACCAUUAUAUCAUAUCACCUAUUAAAUCAACCAUUAUCAGCCAUUAGAUCAACUGUUAGAUCACAACCGUUAGAUCUCAGCC